UUCAAAAUGGCGGACUUUUCAAAGUGACUCUUUGAAUUUCCUUCGUUUCUGUUGACUUUUUAAAGAACUUCUUCAGUAUUUUUAUCGAAAAUAUUUAUAAAUUAGACCACAUGGAUGCCGUUAUUGCUGUGGAGCCGGAUCUGAAUGCAAUUAUCAAUGAGUAUCUACAUUUUCUUGGCUAUGAAAAAACAUGUGCCACACUAUCUGAAGAACUAAGAGUACUUGGAAAACCAGAGAUUACUAGUGGAACUCCACUUAGAAAUGACUCCCAGAUAUCAGAAAUGCAGACUCAAGCUCUCAUUGCUUUUGACAAUGGCAAAUACCAGGAUUUUUUCCCUAUUUGGAACAAUCAAGUCCCAUCUAGUGUACAAAAUAUGGCCUCCACGUGUCAAAAGCUGGAGUUUAAUCUACACAUUUACUUUGCUGUUUAUCCCAUUACCAAUGGAAGACAUAAUAAAUUAGAGCUUGAAAGGUCCAUGAGAGUAUUCAAGUCUUAUUUAGAGAAUAAAGGAUCAGGGCUGAGCCAAACCACAGAGUUUCUUCCAUUUUAUGCCUUACCUUUUGUUCCUGAUCCAACUACUCACCCAUCCUUUAAACCAAUAUUCACUGUGAGUAUAUAUACUGUACCUAUAAGAUUGUUUACAUUUAACACUCUUACUUAUUUCCUGGUUCACUAG